CUAGUGUACGAUGUCUUGUUGAUUUGAAUAGUUCUAACUGUAAGCCCUGUAGUGCGGUUUGACUGAGUUUAGCCUGGGCUUACUUGGAGAUAUGGAGCAGACCGUCAGCGUCAACGCAGAUCCUGUUCAACACUCUGACAUGAACGGUCGUUUCACACAAUGGCGCAAUUGGGUUGGAUUCUGGCUCCUUGGGUUGUGCAACAAUUUUGCCUAUGUGGUAAUGUUGAGCGCUGCCCAUGACAUCCUCAAAAAGCAAGAGUCAGAAAACGCCACAGCAAAUACACCAUCCACAUUGACUGUGGAUUUCCAAGGUGGGAACAGUAGCAACGGUAGCCGCUAUGACUGCAAUCCUGUCUCUACCGCGGCUGUGCUGUUAGCUGACAUCCUCCCAACACUUGUCAUCAAGCUGUUUGCUCCUUUUGUAAUCCACAAACUGCCUUAUGGUUUCCGAGUGUUAUUCUGUGUCAUCAUGGCGGCAACAAGUUUCCUCCUUGUGUCCUUAUCUUCAGCUGUUUGGAUCAGCAUUUUGGGAGUGAUCUUUGCCAGUAUCAGCUCUGGACUGGGAGAACUGUCCUUCCUCUCUCUCACUGCCUUCUUUUCCAGGGAUGUACUUGCAGGUUGGGGCUCAGGUACUGGUGGUGCUGGUGUUGCUGGAGCCCUCCUCUAUUCAGGCCUUACCCAAGUUGGCCUGUCCCCCCAGAACACACUUCUCAUUGUGCUGGUGGUCCCAUUUGUUAUGUUGAUUAGCUAUUUCUUCCUGCUGGUUCCUCCACCUUCAUUACCUCAGUGGAGAAAUAGGGAGACAGAGUAUGUAGCUGUGGUCUCAGAGGAGAGACGGCAGCUGAUGGAUGGUUCAGAAGAAGGGGAGCAGGAAAAAUCAACCCCAGGACCCCUCACCUUCAAAGAGAAACUGUAUGUCAUGAAAGGCUUGUUGAAGUUUGUGGUUCCCCUGGGACUGGUCUACUUUGCUGAGUACUUCAUCAACCAGGGUUUGAUGGAACUCCUGUAUUUCCCAAACUUCUUCCUGUCCCACGCGGAGCAGUAUCGAUGGUACCAGACACUGUACCAGUUUGGUGUGUUGCUGUCUCGAUCCUCCCUGUGCUGUGUGAAGAUCAGGAAACUGUGGGCUCUCUCUUUCCUACAGGUGGUGAAUGCAGUGUUGCUUCUGUUUGCUGUGCGUUACCAGUUCCUGCCCAGUGCCUGGCUAGUGUUUGCUGUUGUCCUCUAUGAGGGUCUGCUGGGUGGAGCUGCAUAUGUCAACACCUUCUACUUCAUCAGCAAGGAGACUGAAGACAGAGAAAGAGAGUUUGCCAUGGCUGCUGCCAGUGUAGGAGACAGUCUGGGCAUAGCUCUGGCUGGACUCGCCGCUUUCCCCGUCCACAGAUACUUUUGUCACCUGUGACCCAGCCCACACAUUGACCAGCAGGAUGAGUAAGGAAGGUGUGGGUGUGUUCAUUUAAGGGAUUUAUUUUUAUCUGAAAUGAAAAAGGCAGACUUUACUCCUAUAUAAAAUUGAUUCUACAAACUGUAUUGAAUGCAGAUCCCUAAUCACCAUGAUUGAGCCAGAACUACAUGGACUCACUUACCAGCUUGUCCUUUUCACCAACACCCAAUGAUCAACUAACUGCCACUUUUAGGGAUGAACGUUGGGUCAUCCUUGGAGUGUUAGUGCUCAGAGCUUCUCAAACUCUGGAACUGGUUUGCACAACCUGCACUGACAGCCAGUCUCCUGCAGAGAAAUACUGAUUGUGCUGUCAUGGAAGUUCUGAGAAUGUUGAUAGCUUGUUUUGCAGUCCAGUAUUAUUUAUGCACUAACCUCAGUAACAAAUAACAAUGCUUUUUCUGUAACUGCUUCACAAAAAAAAGCCUUCCUGUGGUUCAAUUGUGAAAAACUAUUGAUAGGCAAAAUGAAGAAAUGCAGUAUGAACUACACACUUCUCCAAGAAACAAAACACGACACAAUCAGAAUUUUUUAAAUUACAUUUACAUUUUAAUUUAAUAGUGUUUCCUGAACAAAAGUGUUUUUUUCUGGGCAGCCCAGUACUGACUGUAUGGCCAAGUCCAUUAAAGGUGGCGCAGUGUCUUUCUUCUUAGCCUCAUAGACUGGGUUACACCAACAGAAAAGACCUCAGCUGAGCUGAUCUUUAAGACAAGGUAAUCACAUGCCCCCCUUCUCUUCUGGCAGUUUUGAUAAUGAGUCAUUUUCUUAUCAAAAGAACUCCUAGAUACUAAAUGCAUGGCUGAUAAUCAAAUAGAUGCUUAUCCAUCUGUUCUUGUGAAGGACUGUGCUGAAUGUUCCUUUCCUUUCCUAUCUUGGGAGAAAAAUGACACUUUACUCCUUUUGAUAUGCUUAUACCAUUAACGUUCAACAACUGUAUACUAUAAUACUGCAUGGUCAUUAGUCACUUUAAUCAUAUACUCCUGUACCUCUGAAAUUCCAGUCCUGGUCCACGAAUAACAAGAGAAAGAAAUGAGAACAUUCACAGAACUUGUAAUCAGAACCAUCAUGAUGCAUCAAAAGUGUUUCUGAAUGACAGGACUCAGUAGAGCAUCUAAUUUUCAAAAAUGACACAUACUAUAUGUGUUUGUCUUGUCAUAUAGUUUAAGAACUCCCUCUUAGCUGACAGCAAAGAACUGACUAAACACCAGGAUGUAAACAGUAGUUUUACCGACCUCACUCAUUAUCUUUAUUUAUAAUAUAAUAAAUAAUAUAAUAAAAUUUGUGUGAUGAUAAUUAGGCAAAUGUUUUAUUUAUAUUUUAUACUGAUGGUGUUAAAUAUUUAAUCUUUGUUAUAUCAUUAUUACAUUUUGCUUCUGUGUCCUCAAUUCUGGGACCCAAGAGCUCAAUCACCAUUCCAUUUUUGGCUUAACACAGUUGAUAUAACAGUAAUAGAGUAUCUUUGAAUGGAUAAAAAUCCCAUUCAGAAGUUGAUGGUCAAUGUUUUAUGGUGCCCUCUGUGUAUUUAGAAUAAGGUUCAAUCAGGUUAUUGCUUAACUAACUGACCUAUGUGGUUGUCUUUGUUUUGUCUUUUAUUCACUGGUACUAUUAAAAGAAGACAAGACUAAAGAGACCAGAAAUGCCUUUUACUGUUAGCUAGUUUUUACCUAAAUGUCACUGAACAUUUUAUGUUAUAUACUGUAACAGUCUGGAAAAUAGGACAAUGUCCAGAUGUUUACAAUGUUCACCAGGGCAUUUUGCCUUUGAUUUGCACUUUUUAGCUCAUGUUUUUCUCAAGUUCUUUUUUUUGCAUCUUUCUUAAGGCAGUGUAAGUUAAUUUGAUUUAAAAUGUGAUUUUACAAUUAGUAGUAAUUAUUUUAGUAAUUAUCAAGUAAAAGCCAGCACAGCUGUAUUUCAUGACCAUGUACACAUCCUGUUUUCUCUGAAACAUGUCUCAAACACAUACUAAUGUGCACAUUCCUACUGACUAACAACAUUUUAUAUGACACUGCUGCUGCUGAAUUGCUAUAACUUGGUUGCAAUUUGAUGAUAUUGUCAUAAGCAUGUACUUUGAACAUGUACUUUGUACGUUUGAACAGAUUUUUGACAUAAUUAAAAGAUUUUGAAGUUUA